AUGACCAAAGUUAGACCUCCUAAGGCUCAGAAUCCGUCUCGGCUGUGUGUCAGUGGGAGACCCUGGAAGCAGCUUCCCGGACGAAAGUCUAUCAAAAUAAAAGCGAGCAAAAGAGACUAUCGUACUCCUGCUAAACCCGGCGUGAGCAAGUUUGAUGCCCGGAAAAUUCGCGAGCGCGAUCUAUCCCUGGUUAAAGGUCGUGAAGUAGAAUUGAAAGUCAUCGCGAAGGAGAAGAGAGCUAUUGCCAAUAAGAAACGAGUGGAGAAGGCGGAAAGGAAGAAGGAGAACGAGAUCAGGAGCGGUCAAUACCAGGUGAUAAAGAACACAAGCAAGCUCUGA